AUGGAUAUCAAUACAAAUUUCUAAAAAGAAAAGCACUAAAAUAGGAUAGAAUAAUAAGCUAAUAUUCGAUAACACUUUAGAAAGCUAGCUUUAAAAAAUUACAAUAAAUAAGGCAGACUUGGUAUUAACAGAGAUCCUAAACUGUGUGAGUUUAAUUUCGAGUUGUUAAAGCCCUUUUAUAUUUAAUUGAAAGAUCCAUUUACAGGACACUGGAUGAAGUAAAUACCAAAAAACUAUAUUAAAGAAAAGAAAUUACAAAAAUAAGAAUAGGAUCUACAUUAAUUGUUAUGA